AUGAAUCAAGAAUUAAAAACUAAAAUCAAAGAAUUUACUAAAAAAUACUUUGUUUACCAUCAGAAUGACAAAAGAAUACCGGAUAAAGUUAAGCAAGAAUUAGAAAAAUUGGGAGCAACUAAACCUUUUUAUGCGGAAAAUGAAGCAGAAAGGUCAAUCAAGUUCAGUAAAAUGUUAAAUUCGGAAGAAGUACUUUACCAAACUAAUUUAGAAACUGCCAUGCGAAAGAGGAAAGAAGCGAUGGAAAAGAAAAAUUCUCAAAAAGAACAAGUUGGAGGAAAUACUGAGGGUUUUGUUUGCAAACUUUGCUAUAAAUUAUAUGAUGAAAAUGAGGGUAGAAUGGGAAAAAUUGGAAUGAUUUGCGAUAUUUGUGAGGAGGAACCUGAUUUUGAAAACGAUAAUAAUCAAGUAAAACAAAAUAUAAGCAAUUACCAGCCCUCGAAUGCUUUUAUUAGUGAAAAUAAAAAAGAUAAGCAAAAAUCAAUCCAAAUUACUAAUAUUGAGGAGUUGAACAGUAAAAUUGUUAUCCCACCUGAAUUAAAUGUAAUUGAUUGCCCAGAUGAUGUCAAUCCUAACCCUAAUUGA